CCACCCUGGAGGACCUUGGAUAGCAUCAUCCACACGACCUAAUAAUCACUACAACACACACUAUCUUCACAUACACUGUAAAAUGUAUUUGGGAAAUUCUUAGGAAAGUCAUUUCCCCUGAUAGAUCUUUUUGUUUAUUUAUUUAGUAGCUAGUAUAGGAAAAUGACACUUAAAAAUCUUGAAGUGAGUCGUGUUCACGUUAACUGGACACAAUCAAUGCAAUUGCUGAAUAAUUCUUUACUCGAUUAUAAAGCAGUGCCUCCCUUUCAUUAAGCACCUGUCAGGCGCACCACGGCGCGCGGCUCCCACGCACUAGAUGAAUCGCACGCGCUCUCAUCAGGAGCAGUAAAGUAUAGCAGUCUCACGCAGCUCCGACAUUCCGGCACUCUCACAGUUCCGUCAGUUGUAGGGAAUUUUUAUCCAGGGAAACCGUUCUGAAUCGAAGACUUCCUCUUUGGAAUCACUAACCGUCACAACCGUAUGUCGAAUAAUUUCACCAUGGACCCCAUCAAUUGCUCAACUGUGGAUCUUUCUGAUGUUCUGGCCAGCCGGAUGAGUCCCAGUAAGAUCCUCCUCUCCCUGACUCUCUCUUUCCUGGCUGUGGCGACCACCGCCAUCAACUCCCUGGUCAUCACUGCUAUCCUGAUCACCCGCAAACUCCACCAACCCGCCAACUACCUCAUCUGCUCUCUAGCCGUGACAGACCUCCUGGUAGCUGUUCUAGUGAUGCCCGUCAGCAUUGUGUACAUUGCAGAAGAGAAGUGGGUUCUCGGUCCGAUAGUGUGUCACCUGUGGUUGGGUGUCGAUGUUACAUGCUGCACCUGUUCAAUUUUACACCUGGCUGCCAUUGCGCUUGAUAGAUACCGAGCCAUCACCGAUGCUGUGGCGUAUUCCCAGAAGCGCACGUAUAAAAGAGCAAUCAUAACCAUUUUUGCACUGUGGACACUGUCUGUGUUGGUGUCUCUACCACCUUUAGUGUGGAGGAAAUCCUCUAGUGUGGAACAAAAGGAUGGGAAGAGGGAAGUCAUGGACUGCUGGAUUGAGCAUGACCACGUGGCCUUCACUGUCUACUCCACUUUUGGAGCAUUCUAUAUUCCACUGGCCCUCAUUUUGGUUCUUUACUACAAGAUCUACAAGGCGGCGGAGACACUGCGUAACCGUCGAGGGAGCAGCCGAUUAGUCAAACAGACAGUGAGCAGUGUCAUGCUUCCUGGAAUGAGCUCUGAUAAAGACAUCGCCCUCAGUCCCGACACAUUCUGCCCAAUCGAGAAGUCAUUUUCCGAUCCAUCAACAGAUGGGGAAAGGGUGCGUAUAACUUCCUCGUCAGGUAAUCUCAUCAAGGUCCGCAGGAACCCAGGGGCUAGGGAGAGACGGGCAGCUUUGACAUUAGGACUAAUCCUGGGAGCCUUUGUGGUGUGUUGGCUACCGUUCUUCCUGAAGGAGGUGAUAGUGAAUAUUUGUCCGACCUGCAGCACCUCUGCUGUGCUUGCAGAUUUCCUCACCUGGCUUGGGUAUCUCAAUUCCCUCAUCAAUCCGCUAAUAUACACCAUCUUUAACGAGGACUUUAAGAAAGCAUUCAAAAAACUUCUGCCCCUCUGUUGCAGCAAUGUCCUUUGAAAUUGACAGGGAGGAAAAGGAAAAAACAUGAGGUUUCAUCUGACAAACUUUUGAGUUGAAAGCUGCAAGUUACAAUGACAAUCCUGUCAUACUGUAGAUGAAUUGACUUCUGCAAGGAUUACACAUUUCUCAGACACAUUUCAUAUUGUUUAUAUAGUGCCUGUAAAUACUUUAGUACAUAAAUGCAUGUAAAAAAAAAAAAAAAAAAAAAAUCAACCCAUUUGCUCCACUUAAAGAUUUCAGUAUUUUGAAAUAGAGAAUUUUAUAUAAAAUGUAAAAGCGUCUGGUGCACAAUGUUUACCCCAAAGUUUACACCAAGGGGUAAAAGUUUGGCUGGUUAGCAUGGCCCAGUUAGCCCCUGCUGAACUACACAAUCUGGAUCCCAAAUGAAUUUUUCUUCAUUAACAGCCAUUCAAAUGUUACUGUGUAUACUGGUGAAAUAACUGUUUUUUGAAAAUAUAAAUGUUCAAUAUUUUUAGUAUAUUGUAAUUAUUUUGCCAGUGACUGAUUUUUUAUUUUUUGGAGGGCUCUCAAAAGUGUGAAAAGUGUGAAUGAGGGCUUGGGAUUACAUGUUCAUGUGGUGGGAUCAGCCACGUGAUUAUGACUAUUGAUUAUUUGUGCCCUUCAAGUGUUGGAAAUAUCAGAAUUAUGAGUUCAAAGCACAUGAAUGACCAAAGUCCAAAAACUCUGAAUUUUAGAUGAUACAUAGCAUUGUGGUAUUUGGAAGAGCCGUGCCUAUUUGAAACAUCGCAGAAACACUGAUCUAUACUAUAGAUGCUAGCAAGUUAUGAUUUUACAGGUUUUUUUUAUUGUACAUGGUGUAUUUCAAUCAUUUUAAAUAUACAACAGCUGAUAGACAAGUGUAAUAACUUAAUGGUUUGUGUAAUGCAAACAUUUUGUUUUGAUACUAUGUAUAAGUACUUUUAAUAGAAAUAAAAGUAAAAUAGAAAUAA